GCUCUGGCCAGUCACCUGGAUAAGUCUGCGCGCCUGGAAUCGCAAGUGAAACAGCUAAUACAGAUGGCAAACCAGCAGCAAAGUAAAUUAGACUUGCGACCCCUGUUUGACACAAUUGAAAAUGUAAAACAGAAGAUUGCUAUGAUGGAGACAUACGAUCAGCGCUUGGUUGUUUUGGAAGGUCAGUCCAGCAAACACGAUCUCCAGAUCAAUAUUCACAAAGCACAGCUCAAUAAAAACGAAGAACGAUUUAAGCUUUUGGAAGGCACGUGCUACAAUGGGAAAUUAAUCUGGAAAAUCACAGACUACAAGAUGAAGAAAAAAGAAGCGGUGGAAGGCCGUGUCCUUUCCAUAUUCAGCCAGCCCUUUUACACCAGCCGCUGCGGGUACAGGUUAUGCGCAAGAGCCUACCUGAACGGGGAUGGCUCAGGAAAGGGAACACACGUCUCUCUCUACUUCGUAGUGAUGAGAGGGGAGUUUGACUCGCUGCUGCUGUGGCCUUUCAAGCAAAAAGUUACACUUAUGCUUUUGGACCAAAGUGGCAAAAAAAAUCACAUCGUGGAAGUCUUUAGAGCUGACCCCAACAGCAGCAGUUUCAAAAGACCGGAUGGAGAAAUGAAUAUCGCCUCCGGAUGUCCACGCUUCGUGCCACACACGGUCUUGGAGAACACAAAGAACACCUACAUCAGAGAUGACACUCUGUUUUUGAAAGUGGUUGUGGAUUUAACCGAUCUGGAGGAAUUGUGAAAAGCGUGCCCGAUCAAUGUGACUGCUUUAACCAUUAAGAAAUGCUUUCUUGGUGA